AUCCAGUUGGCGCGCUCAAAAGUCUAGGGCUGAGCAGAGUCGUGUUUGGCUAAUCCUGUUUUUGUACGCUGUGGCCAUGGGAAUUCACGGACUUGCCAAGUUAAUUGCGGACCAGGCUCCCUCAGCCAUCAAAGAACACGACAUCAAAAGCUACUUUGGGCGAAAGAUAGCAAUAGAUGCAUCCAUGAGUAUUUAUCAGUUCCUGAUUGCAGUCAGGCAGGAUGGCAAUGUUCUACAAAAUGAGGAUGGAGAGACAACCAGCCACCUGAUGGGCAUGUUCUACAGGACGAUACGCAUGCUGGAGAGUGGAAUCAAACCUGUCUACGUGUUUGAUGGCAAACCCCCACAGCUGAAGUCAGGCGAGCUGGAGAAGAGAGGAGAGAGGAGAGCAGAAGCAGAGAAGCUUCUGGCACAGGCGCAGGAAGCAGGGGAGCAGGAGAAUAUCGACAAGUUCAGCAAGCGGCUUGUGAAAGUCACCAAGCAACACAAUGACGAGUGCAAGAAAUUGCUGACGCUGAUGGGAGUCCCUUACAUCGAAGCUCCGUGUGAAGCAGAGGCCAGCUGCGCGGCGUUAGUGAAGGCAGGCAAGGUCUUCGCCACGGCAACCGAGGACAUGGAUGGCUUGACGUUUGGGACAGGGGUCCUGCUGAGACACCUUACUGCUAGUGAAGCCAAGAAACUUCCCAUUCAGGAAUUCCAUUUCAGUCGCAUUUUGCAGGAAACCGGUCUGACCCACCAGCAGUUCAUAGACCUCUGCAUCUUGCUUGGCUGCGAUUACUGUGGCACAAUAAAAGGAAUUGGACCCAAGCGAGCCAUCGAUCUCAUUAAGCAGCAUGGCUCCAUUGAGGAGAUCCUGGACAGCAUCGAUCCUGCUAAACACCCGGCUCCAGAGGACUGGCUGUAUAAAGAGGCCCGCCGGCUCUUCCUGGAGCCAGAGGUGGUGGACAGUGAUUCUGUAGAGCUGAAGUGGACUGAUCCUGAUGAAGAGGGACUGGUCCAGUUCAUGUGUGCUGAGAAACAGUUCAGUGAGGAGCGCAUUAGGAAUGGCUGUAAGAAGAUCAUGAAAAGCAGACAGGGCAGCACCCAGGGCAGGCUGGACUCCUUCUUCACUGUCACAGGCUCACUGUCAUCCAAACGCAAGGAACUGGACUCAAAGGGGUCAGCAAAGAAGAAGUUGAAAACAACUGCAACUCCAGGAAAAUUCAAAAAAGCCAAAUAGAGAAAAAGAUGAAGUGAACAAGAUCAAGAGGAAGUUAAAGAAUGGAGGAAGGGGGCAGCACUCAUCUUCCAUUUACAUUCAUCUCUGCUUUCUCAUGGUCACUUCCUCAUAUUAAAGAAAGCACAGUAUGGACGUUAUCUGUACAAAACAUUCAACUUGAGAAUAGUGUGGAUAUUUUAGCAAUAAAAUAAUUGCAGCAGGACCAGUUUUAAUGAUUAUGCCUUGUCUUUUUUCUUGUUUGUUCCUUAAAUAAAAAUGUGUGGUUGGUCGCUGGUAUUCUGUUCAUGAUAGUGAUUAAUGCUGUUGCUACAUGCAUUGUGUAACAAUGGAAGAUUCAUAAAAAUGGGAAAGAGUGUCAGUACUGACAUUUCCUCUUUACUGUCAUCUGCUUUUUCAUUAAACUUUCCCCAGAGAGGACAGUUCUGACUUUUACAGAGAAUCUACUUUCAUUCUUUUUUAAAUUUAAGAUACAAAUGUUAUUUUGGUCACCAGUCAGAGGAAACUGAACGGCUUCUGCAAAUCGGGCUUAGUUAACAAUUGCUUACAAGAUAACAUAAACC